GUCUCUUUCCUCGGUACAAUAUCCUUCCCCUUCCUUUUCGUCUUCAAUCCACAAAAUCAUUUUCCCCUUUAUAUAUACAAAAAAUUUAUUAUUGAUCAAUAUCCGAAUCAGGGUUUCAUUUUCAUUCCCUAACAAUCCUUAAUUCUCCAACUAUGGGAGGCGGAGCGAUCAGGGCGGCGGCCAAGGUGGCGGGGAUGACCGCCGCCGGCGGUCUCCGAAGUAUAUCGGCGGAGCAUUUUCCGGCCUCCGUCUCAGCCCGAUGGGCCGUUUCAGCCCGUACGGCGGCGUCGACGCCGGAGGAAGUAAAGCUGGUGGCAUCGUCGAAUUCGGGGGUUGGGAUGCAGAGGCCUUGCUCGGAGAUGGACGAUUGGGUUUUCGCCGGCGUGGAGGAGGAGCAGAUGGCGGCUGCCGCCGCCGAUCCGAUUCCGAGGCUCGUGUUCGCCGGCGUGCCGACCAUUCAAGAAGCCAAAGAGGCCACUUCUGAACUCUCGGUCGCCCUUGAAAAGGCGUAUUUGUCACCUCCUAGUUCAAUCGGAUACGAGGGCUCGAUUAUCGGAGAUGGCGAUUCUAGUUUGUCUGUUUCGGACAAGCAAAUUAUAGAGAACAGUGGUUCUGUUUCCAAUGCAGUUCCGGCCACUGCGAUUAUGGCGUUCCGGUUGCUACACGAAAGUCCUAUGGCCAAGAAUGUUGUUGCCUCUAUUGCGUGUGAUCCAAAUGUUUGGAAUGCGGUUCGACAAAACCAAGAGCUCCAAGGGUUUCUGCAAUCACAAGGGGCAAGUCUGGUUUUCUCCGAUGAGAAUUCGUAUACAGAGCUAGCCGAAGACUCCGAACCGAUAGACCAUUCAACUCCAAAAAGCGUUGACUCAUCAUCGUCUGAGAACGGAGAAGCGGGGCCCGCUAAUGUGUUUACGAAUGUGUUUCAGAAGAUAAAGAAUAGUGUGGUUGAUAUGAUGAGCAGCUUGUCCGAUUACUUCCAAAGCUUCUUUGGAGGGAAGGGCGGAAAUGGAGUGACGUUAAAUUCCGACGGAACUGCUAACUUAAGUGCCGAAACAGUUAUGCAAGGUUCGUUUAUGGGGUUGGCGAUUAUGGCCAUACUUGUGAUUCUGCUCAAACGUGCUUGAUCGGGUCUUUUGUGGAUGAAUUUGUCGAAGUUGCGUCUAGAAUUUAUUUUAUGUCUGUAACUUUUGGGAGUGAUUCUCCUUUUUUUUCUUUUUUUGGAAUAAGUGGCUAAGAUGAUGGACUUGUUACUUGUUAGUGUUGAUGUUUGUUAACAGGUGUUUGAUUAAUCUUUAUUUGCUUAUCUGAAUAUUCUGAGGGAA